AAACUUCUUCGCUAAAAGGACGAAGGAGCUCAAACCUGCGGUCCAAAGUGCUCCUGGUUGGAAGUUGUUCGGAAAAGUCCCACCCAGAGAAAACCUUCCAAAAGAUUCCAAAAUUAUUCAGCAGGAUGACAGUUCUGGCAGUCUUGCGUCAAUAUCUGCUCUCAGUCUAUUAAACACAGGGGAAUAUGAAGCACGGACAGGAAGAAUGUAUAAACCUCCACCCGCAUCAGCAAGACGUAAAAAUAUUGAAUUUGAACCACUUUCAACUACUGCUUUGAUUCUGGAGGACCGACCAGCAAAUCUUCCUGCCAAAUCAGUGGAGGAGGCUUUACGUCACCGGCAAGAAUAUGAUGAGAUGGUGGCAGAGGCAAAAAAACGAGAAAUUAAAGAAGCACAUAAAAGGAAAAAAAUAAUGAGAGAACGUUUCAAGCAAGAAGAGAAUAUAGCCAGUGCUAUGGUGAUUUGGGUUAAUGAAAUACUGCCCAACUGGGAAGGCAUGCGUGCUACCCGAAGAGUUCGAGAGCUGUGGUGGCAGGGAUUACCCCCAAGUGUUCGUGGGAAGGUUUGGAGCCUAGCUGUGGGAAACGAACUAAAUAUCACUCCUGAACUUUAUGAAAUCUUCUUGUCAAGAGCUAAGGAACGAUGGAAAAGCUUCAGUGAGACAACCUCUGAGAAUGACGUGGAAGAUGCAGGUGCAUCUGUUGCUGAUCGUGAGGCCAGUCUGGAACUAAUUAAGUUGGAUAUAUCACGCACAUUUCCAUCCCUGUAUAUAUUCCAGAAGGGUGGUCCUUAUCAUGAUCUCCUGCAUAGUGUUUUAGGAGCAUAUACAUGUUACAGACCAGAUGUGGGAUAUGUACAAGGGAUGUCUUUCAUUGCUGCUGUGCUCAUUCUCAAUCUGGAAGAGGCAGAUGCUUUCAUUGCCUUCGCUAACCUUCUAAACAAGCCAUGCCAGCUGGCCUUUUUCCGUGUGGAUCACAGCAUGAUGCUGAAAUACUUUGCAGCCUUUGAAGUAUUCUUUGAAGAAAAUCUUCCCAAAUUGUUUCUUCAUUUCAAAUCAUACAGUCUUACUCCAGACAUAUAUUUGAUAGACUGGAUUUUUACACUCUACAGCAAGUCGCUACCACUUGAUCUGGCCUGUCGUGUCUGGGACGUUUUCUGUAGAGAUGGAGAAGAAUUUUUGUUUAGGACAGGAUUAGGUAUCCUUCGGUUAUAUGAAGAUAUUCUCCUACAGAUGGACUUUAUUCAUAUAGCACAGUUUCUAACGAAACUUCCAGAAGACAUUACAUCAGAAAAGCUUUUUAGUUGUAUUGCAGCUAUUCAGAUGCACAAUAGUAACAAGAAAUGGGCACAGGUGUUUGCCUCACUGAUGAAGGACAACAAAGAAGGGGACAAGAACCAUAGCCCAGCACUGAAAAGCUAAUUGUCGUAAUGUUGAGGUCAACUGAAAAUGUGGAAAACCACUAGAUGACAAAGGAAUUUUCACAGCACUUCUAUGUGGAAAAGCACUAUAGAAAAUGUGAAAAUGAGAUGGGAAAAUGACACAGCUCUCAGUGGAGUAAUGAACUGACAAAAUCUUCACCCUUUUGCCAGUAUUAGCUUUUGUCAUGGGAAGAUUUGUUUUCACACAGGAUACUAAAACCUCUGAAACUGAGAAGUGCGGCAGUUCAUAUUUAAUACUUUAGAAGAGUCAGCUCAAUGCAAUAAACAUUUGUAAUAACUUCUGUUGG